GAGCGCAGAUCCAUCUUGUCUCGAAGUUUCUACUCAAACACCCAAGAAUCCCUUUUUUUCUCUAUCUAAUUGAGUUUCAUUUGAGAUCACAUACACUUUUACACUAUAAUUACAUACAUAUAUGGUCCUGAGAUCUUCUUGAGAGUAACAAAAAUGGAUUCUCAGCCUUCCCGUUCUUCGGGAAGGUUCGAAAGUAGUCCUUCUACUAUCAACAAUACUCCAUUCUUGACCAAAUCAAUUUCCGAUGCCAGUAGCAGCAGCCCCCAUAGCCAAAGCUUAGCCUCCAUUCUCAACAACCCACAUGCGGGAAAAUCCGAUGGGUUCUGGUGGUGGUCCACUUCAUCAUCUAUCCCGACACCUGACUUCCUACCUCUAUCAACUCUACCCAAACCCGGAUCCGAAACCCGGGUCCCUGAUUUCCAAUCCUAUCUCUCUUCCAUCUCCGACCCAUAUGCUCGUUUCCACGACAUUCAACAGCACGCGAGGUUUGAGUCACUGGAAGAUCAAGACGACCAAAAUGCCCUCGUUGCUUGCUUGAAGGAAGUCCCUGCGCUAUACUUCAAAGAGGAUUUUGAGUUAGAGGAUGGUGCUACUUUUAAAGCUGCCUGCCCAUUUAGGACCACUGCGGAAAAUUUGGUUACACAGGAGAAGCUAUCACAGUAUUUGGAUGUAGUGGAAUUGCACUUGGUUAGGGAGAUUUCCUUGAGAUCAAAUUCCUUUUUUGAGGCACAAGGUCAGUUAGAGGAUUUAAAUUCGAAGAUUGUUGUGGGGUGUGAUAGGAUAAGGGAAUUAAAGGAGACUAUAAAGCUCUUGGAUGACAAUUUGGUGGGGUCUGCUAGAAAGGUACAAGAGUUGAAUGUUCAGAGGAGUGAAUUGAUUUCGCACCAGGACAAGUUGAACCUUAUACUUUAUGUUAAUCAAGCUCUUUCAACUCUCAAGUUGCUUGUUGCAUCUGCAGAUUGUGCCGGAGCUUUAGAUGUUAUAGAUGAUUUACAACAUUUAUUGGAUGGAGAUGAAUUAGCUGGUCUACAUUGUUUCCGCCAUGUUCGUGACCAGUUAGCCGCUUCAAUUGAUUCCAUUAACAGCAUUCUUUCAGCCGAAUUUAUGCGUAUAUCUAUACACGGAGCUGGCAAUGUGGAUGCUCUAAGUACAUCAAAAUUUAAAGUGCAGACGACAAUUUCCAUGAAUGGAGAAGGCCAUGAAGUUAAAUUAGAUGAAGAAGACACUUAUAAUUUGCGAGACCGGCUACUUCCUUUUGUUAUUGGGUUGCUUAGAACCGCAAAACUCCCUGCUGUAUUGAGAAUAUACCGUGACACUCUUACGGCUGAUAUGAAAACUGCCAUUAAGAUGGCAGUUGAAGAACUGCUACGGGUGCUUGGUGCCCAACCUAUGGAUUCAGAUUUUGUUGCAGGAGAACGAGCAGUUGAUGCUGAUGGUGGAAGCUCAUCCCUUGCCAGUAGAUUGAGAAGCUUGUCGCCUGAAUGUUUUGUUCAUCUUUUGAAGGCUGUUUUCCUGAUAGUGCAGGCACACUUAGCACAGGCAUCUGAAGUUAAAAGAGCCAUUGAGUGGAUUUUGUGCCAUCUUGAUGGCCAUUAUGCCGCUGACUCAGUUGCUGCUGCAAUUGCACUUGGAGCAGCGGCUUCAGAAACAGCUCAUGAAACUGCCGAUCAGGUAAAUUCCUUGCUGCAACUUUCUGUGCAAAGGAACUCUGCCAAGGUCUCUUCUGCUCACGGGAAUGGAAAUGAUGGUAUAACGCCAUCGACUUUAUCGAGAAAUUUCAGAGCUGAUGUAUUGAGAGAGAAUGCAGAAGCCGUUUUUGCAGCUUGUGAUGCUGCUCAUGGCAGAUGGGCAAAGAUCCUUGGAGUGCGUUCUCCUAUCCACCCUAGACUGAGGUUACAGGAGUUUCUAAAUAUAUAUAACAUCACUCAAGAAUUUAUAACGGCUACUGAGAAGAUUGGUGGAAGAUUGAGUUAUAGUAUUCGGGGAACAUUGCAGUCACAGGCCAAGGCCUUUAUUGAUUUCCAACACGAAUCCAGGAUGGCAAAGAUGAGGGCCAUUCUUGACCAGGAAAAUUGGGCUGAGAUUGAUGUCCCUGAUGAGUUCCAGGCAAUUAUCACAUCACUGUUUUGCUCAGAAUCUGAGACCCGUGAACUUGCUGAUGAGGUUUCAGCUGAUAUUGAACCAAGCAGCCCUAAGAUGGUCCUGGGCAGUGAUGGUUCCCCUACGGCAGAAGCUAGACUUCAAAAGAUAUCACAAAAUGCAGAGCACACUGAUUCUAUUCCACGUGUAGAGAGUACAGCACAGAGCAAUGAAACUAACACAAGAGAGCGUGGAAAAUCUUCUACUAGACUUCUUUUCUUCAGAGGUGUUGGGUAUCAUAUGGUUAACUGUGGCUUGAUUUUGGUAAAGAUGUUGUCAGAGUGUAUUGAGAUGAAUAAUAGCUUGCCGGGCCUAUCUUCAGAAGUCGUUCACCGUGUUGUCGAAAUCCUGAAAUUGUUCAAUACAAGGACUUGUCAGCUUGUCCUUGGUGCUGGAGCAAUGCAGGUUUCAGGUUUGAAGUCUAUUACUUCUAAACACUUGGCCUUGGCAAGUCAAGUCAUCAGUUUCACAUACACCAUAAUUCCCGAACUCAAGAGGAUUCUGUUACUUAAAGUGCCUGAGACACGCAAGGGACUGCUGAUUCUGGAGGUUGAUCGUGUAGCACAGGACUAUAAGGUGCACCGAGAUGAGAUACACUCAAAGUUGGUGCAAAUAAUGAGGGAAAGGUUGCUGGUCCACCUCCGUGGGCUGCCACAGAUUGUUGAGAGUUGGAAUAGGCCAGAAAAUACUGAUACACAGCCAAGUCAGUUUGCUCGUUCUAUCACUAAGGAAGUUGGCCUUCUUCAACGUGUCUUAUCUAGAACCCUGCAUGAGUUAGAUGUUCAAGCUAUUUUCAGGCAAGUGGUUAUUAUCUUCCAUUCUCAAAUUUCAGAAGCGUUUUCGCACUUGGAUAUCAGCAGUCCACAUGCUAAACAAAGAAUGUAUUGCGAUGUUCAGCAUAUUCUUGCAUGUAUCAGAUCAUUGCCUUCAGAUAGCAAAUCUAAUCCUCCUAAUUGGGGACAGCUUGAUGAAUUUGUGGCAAAAAAUUUUGGUGAGGAAGUUGGUCAAUAGCCUUGUAAAGUAGCCUGUAUUUCAUAAAGAUCAAAUAGGUCAAUCUGACAAUGCGUGAAGACUAUGCAGCAACAUUGUAUAACUGACUUGAGAUGUACAGUCUUCUUACAGGAUGUUGGUGUUUAUUACCACAGCGGAAUGAAGUUUUGAGGGGAGGAGUCCAUAACAACAAUU